AAAAGGAAAAAAUUGUUUUUACCUUCGCGCGUUUCAGAAGCGGGAAAGUGUUGAUUUCCGUCGGCGACGCGCUUUGUUGAGAAUCGUGUGGCCAAAAUGACGCCCGCCUUCAGCCUUCUGCACCUUUGUUAAUUCCACGCGCCACUACUCCUUCUCGUCUCUUUCAACGACCCCAACUGGUUUCCUCCUUGCGCCCUCCUCCUCUCCAUGAUUCUACUGCAUUUUUCUUCUCCAAAUUGUUUCUAGUUCUCUACUCCGUGCCAAAUUGGCUAGAGAUUUUCGUUUUGUGUAUCAUUUUCCUUUCAGUUUUACUAUUAAUCUUUUGUGAGGGUUUCUUUCUUUCCCUUUUCGUACAAAGGAAUAUGGCUUCGAGUUUUGAUCGCUGGGAAAAGGAUCCGUUUUUCUCAGCCGCGGAGGAAGUUCAGGAAUCUGCCGAUAGAAUAGAAUCGACAUAUAGAACUUGGGUACACGCCAUGAAAGAUGGCUCCAGCAUCUGGAACUAUGAUGAGCUCGAUAGGGAUUUACGCACUGCUCUUGGCACCACCAAAUGGCAGUUAGAGGAGUUUGAACGAGCUGUGAAAGCGAGUUAUAUUAACAGCACAAAUGAAGAUCCGAGAAAUAGGCACCGGCAAUUUAUUGUAGCAAUUGAGGAUCAGAUAUUAAAAACUCAAAGUUCAUUACAAGAGUUUUCUCAAUCAAAGGGAAAAUCCUCAAUGCCUUGGAUGCGGCUGGAUGAAGGUGAAAGCAAUGAACUUGCGUUGUUUCUUUCUGGACCUUCCGCAGGUGAAGGCAAAACUGUUGUUAACAAUGUUGUUAGUGAGAAUGAAAACCCACAGGCGAUGGACGAAGGAUCAGCCCCAGCUUGUUCAAUUAAAUCUCUUCAAUCAAUUGAACAGGGUACUCAAGAGUGUAGAGAGAAGAAGUCCCAUGGACAUCGGAGGACAGCUAGCGCUAGUCCUGACAUUGGUUCCUGGAAGAUUGCAAUUUCAGGGGUUGAUUUCCAACCAUGUUCUCUUAAUAAACAAACCCAGAAACUUGUACGAAAAAUACCAAGUGUUUCGGGGUUUCUAAAUACUGUUGACUCUGCAUCAAAAUUCAAGUUGCAAAAGAAUGCCUUUAGGAAGUUGAAAGUAGUAGAUAGGCAUCAAGAAACUAGUCCGAUGUUGUUGCAAGCCUCUCAAUCAACUAGGGGUAUAAUUGUUGGAUAUGAAAGAAGUAAAAGUUGCUUAGAUAGUUGUGAUGAUUUUUAUGAUAAGCAACUCUAUGGCUGGUACGGAUCCAUUAAAAGACAGUUUCAGAGGUCUCUAUAUCAAAUGCAGUAUAGUAGGCCUGUUCAAGUAACAUUCUCAACAAUUCUUAUUAUCUCAAUUGUUUUGGUUCUACUUCGUGUGCUGUGAGAAGCUAUUUUUCUUCACCAAGUGCUUGGUGUAGUGUACUCGGUGUAUGACGUGAAUAGCAAUGAUUGAUGAUCGGAGCCAUAAUGGAGACAUCUUUGUUUUACCACACAGGUUCUUGUACAUUAAACAUUUUGUAACAUGCAUGUAGCCAUAGUUGAAACUUGAGAUACUCGAGUCACUGUUGUUUACCAAAAUUUAUUUAGCUGAUGAAGAGUUUAGUCCGUGUAGUACUUUCCCCAGUCACAAAAAUGGGUCCUUUCUGGAUGCCCACUUAUUUUUUUUUUGUAACCUUGAAUGAUAAAAAGUACCAAUUUUGAGAGUU